AUGGACGUUGACACACAAAGAGUCUGGGAUUACGCCUCCGAUGCAUAUGUCCAUAGGCUAGUCCAGAACAAGUCUGACGGAAAGCUCGUUGAGCUCCCUUCUGGGAGGAAUGAGAGCAACACGGACGAGUUGUAUGACAAGCUUGAUAACAUCGGCAUGGAGUACACACACCUCUUAACCCGCCAGUUAGACUCACAAAGGACAUACUUCGAAGAGCAGGUAGUUGCUGCCGCAGACAAGGCCACGAAAGCUUCCCGCCGCGCGGACGAAGCAUUUGAGAAACUUCAAGAAGCGCUAACUGCUCUUGAGGAUUUGAAGCUGAAAGUAGACCAUUUAUCUCAAGAUGUCGUCCCCUCGUUGGAAAAAUCCAAAACGAGAGCUGAGAAAAAAGCCGAGAAAGCUACUGAGUUACUUCGUAAGUUCGAAAAAGACUGGAGGGAGGAAAAAACCGUGAAUGACGGCCUUCUCGAGCGAGUCGAUAAGAUAAACAAGGAACGUGAGGAGCUUUUGAGGGAGAAGAUGGACUUAAAAGAUCAACUCCGCGACAUGAUGUUUUUUGUAGAAGGGAGGGAGAAACUCAAGGAGAUGGACGAGGAGGGGAUCGAAGAAGGUGAAGUGACCAUCGGAGAUGUACCGGACGGCAAGAAGAAACGGAGAGGGAAGGGGAAGGGGAAAAGAUGA